UUCUCAGUGUCAGUCUCAGUCUCACCACUAAAUGAAUAAAAUAAGUGAUGGACACAAUAAUGACUUGCUACCAUUGCAUUCACCUCUUUGCAAUCUAAACCAAUUCUUUCAACUCUUUCUUUUCUGAAAAAAUGGCUGAUGCUUUACUUGGAGUGGCGUUUGAGAAUUUGAUGUCUCUGCUUCAAAAUGAAUUUUCAACCAUUUAUGGAAUCAGGUCAAAGGCUCAAAAACUAUCAAACACCUUGGAUCUGAUCAAGGCUGUUCUUGAAGAUGCUGAGAAGAAACAACUCACAGACCGCUCUAUUAAGGUAUGGCUACAACAACUCAAAGAUUCUGUAUAUGUCCUCGAUGAUAUUCUUGAUGAGUGUUCCAUUGAAUCCAAUCGACUUAAGGGCUCAUCCUCUUUCAAACCAAAGAAUAUCAUUUUCCGCCAUAACAUUGGAAACAGGUUGAAAGAAAUUACAAGCAGAUUCAAUGAUAUUGCUGACAGGAAGAACAAGUUUUUUCUACAAGAGGGUGUUACUGCUAAGGACAUUACAAUUGAAGUGGCUGAAUGGCGUCAAACCAGCUCAAUUAUUGCCGAACCCAAAGUGUACGGACGAGAAGAUGAUAAAAUGAAGAUUGUCGAGUUUCUCCUCAACCAAGCGAGGGACUCUAACUCCCUUUCCAUCUAUCCCAUUGUUGGCUUAGGAGGCAUUGGAAAAACAACUCUCGCUCAAUUGGUCUUCAAUGAUCAAAGGGUGAGUACCAAUUUUCAUACAAGGAUAUGGGUUUGUGUUUCUGAAGCUUUCUCGGUCAAGACGAUUCUAUGUUCCAUUAUAGAAUCUAUCAAAAGUGAGAAGUGUGAUGCCUUGGAUUUAGAUGUAAUACAAAGAAAGGCGCAAGAACUAUUACAAGGUAAAAGAUUUUUGCUAGUUUUAGAUGACGUUUGGAACAAAAAUGAAGAACUGAAAUUCGGAUUGAGCCAAGAGAAAUGGAACCAGUUGAAAUCAGUGUUGUCCAUUGGAUCCAAAGGUAGUUCUUGUUUAGUUUCCACUCGUGAUGAGGUUGUUGCAUCAAUCAUGGGAACAUGUCAAGCUCAUCAUUUGCGUGUUCUCUCUGAAAACGAAUGUUGGUUGUUAUUCAAACAAUAUGCAUUUGGACAUGACAGAGAAGAACAAGUAGAGCUCGUGGAAAUAGGCAAGGAUAUAGCAAAAAAGUGUCGGGGAUUGCCUCUUGCUGCACAAGCAUUGGGAGGUCUAAUGCGCUCAAGGAGUGGAGAAAAAGAAUGGCUUGAAAUUAAAGAAAGUAGACUUUGGGAUUCACAGAGUGACAAUAAUAUUUUGCCAGCCUUGAGGUUGAGCUACUCUUAUUUAUCGCCGCCCUUAAAGCAGUGUUUCACAUUUUGUGCUAUGUUUCCCAAAGAUACUGAACUCUUGAAGGAAGAAUUGAUUCAUCUUUGGAUGGCUCAUGGAUUUAUUUCAUCUAGGAAAAAUUUGGAGGUUGAAGAUGUUGGCAGCAUGAUUUGGAAUGAAUUGUGCCAAAAAUCAUUCUUUCAAGACAUUAAGAUGGAUGAAGAUUCUGGUGACAUUUCAUUUAAGAUGCAUGAUCUUGUCCAUGAUCUUGCUCAAUCAAUAACAGGGCAAGAAUGUUUGUAUUUGGAGGAUGCAAACAUGACUAGUUUGUCAAAGAGCACACACCACAUAAGUGUUCACUCCAAAGACUUGUUAUCAAUCGAUGAGGCUGCCUUCAAAAAAGUUGAAUCCUUGCGAACUUUUUUUCAACUGGACCAAUUUGGUGGAGAAAAUCAUCAUUACUUCCCAACAAACCGUUUUCUUCGGGUUUUACGCACAUCUUUUAUCCACAUACCAUCACUAGGGAGUUUAAUUCAUUUAAGGUAUUUGGAACUUUGUUCCCUUGACUUAAAAACAUUGCCUGACUUAAUUUACAACUUACACAAAUUGGAAAUCUUGAAAAUAAACCAUUGUGAUAAACUGAGUUCUCUUCCAAAACGCUUGUUUUGCUUACAAAAUUUUAGACAUCUAGUCAUUGAACAUUGUUAUUCGCUGUCUCGCUUGUUUCCAAACAUUGGAAAAUUAUCUUGCCUAAGAACAUUAAGUUUAUACAUUGUUAGUUUAGAGGAAGGUAAUAGCUUGGUAGAACUACGCGAUCUAAACCUCGGUGGAAAACUAGGAAUCAAAGGCUUAAAUAAUGUUGGCAGUUUAUCUGAAGCUCAAGAGGCCAAUUUGAUGUGUAAAAAAGACCUUCAAGAAUUACGGUUAUCUUGGAAAAUAAUGGAUGGUGAAUUUACAAAACCCCCUACUAUUAAUGCUGAACAACUACUAGAAGUGCUUCAACCUCAUUCAAAUCUCAAGAGGUUGAGAAUAGAUUACUAUGAAGGAUUAUUGUUACCAAGUUGGAUAAGUAUUCUUAGUAAUUUAGUUUCUCUUAGUCUUUGGGAUUGCAAGAAUUUUGGGCGGCUACCGUCAUUGGGUAAACUACCAUCUCUAAAGGAAUUGUAUUUAAACAAGAUCGAUAAUCUAAAAUACUUGGAUGAUGAAUGUCAAGAUAGUAUGGAGGUGAGGGUUUUCCCAUCUCUUGAGAUACUCAUGUUAUAUAAGUUACCAAACAUAGAGGGGUUAUUGAAAGUGGAAAUAGGGGACAUGUUUCCUUGUCUUUCUAAAUUGGAAAUCUCCUAUUGCCCUAAACUUGCACUGCCAUGUCUUCCAUCUCUUAAAAAACUCUAUGUCAGAGAAUGUAACAAUGAGUUACUGAGGUCAAUCUCUACCUUCUGCAGUCUUACCAGGCUUACCCUUGUUGAAUGCGGCAAUGAAGGAAUAACAUCCUUCCCAGAGGGGAUGUUCACAAACCUUACUUUUCUUCAGAAACUGACUAUUAAGAAUUUCCCAAAAUUGAAGGAGUUACCAUAUCAACCCUUUAACCAAGCUUUGGAGUAUCUGGAAAUCUCUCAAUGUGAUGAGCUUGUGUCUUUACCAGAGAAAAUUUGGGAAAGUCUACAAUCCCUUCGAUCUCUAAAUAUUGACAAUUGCAAAGGAUUGCGAUGGUUGCCCAAGGGUAUUCGACACCUCACUUCUCUUGAGGUUCUGAAAAUUUAUGGAUGCCCAACAUUAAAGGAACGAUGCAAGGAGGGAAAUGGGGAGGACUGGGACAAGAUAGCGCAUAUUCCGACAUUAUUCAUUUGGUGAUGAUGGAAUCACUUCCUUAUUACACAGUUGUUUCUUGGAACAUAUUUUGAGUGAGGGAAGCGCCAAGAUAUAAAUGUGUCAUGCUCUUCAGUGGAAGUUCUUACAAUAUUAGUUGAUUGAGCUCCUCCAAAAGUUCUCAUAAUGUGCUUUGUUAUGGAAAAUAAGAUUCGCAACUUCUUGUCAGAAAAUUCUGUUCUAUAUAUAAACCAGAAACAAUUUCCUUUCGUUUAUAUGAUGUAUCUGAUUUUACAGUCUCAUCAUUGUUUCAAUUUGUAUUGACACAACUUUGAUUGAUCUACUUUUUUUUUAUUAAUCCAUUUUCUCAGUUAGUAUAACAUAGCAUUACAAAGAUUUAUUAAUCCAUUUUCUCAUUGAUAUAUCAAAUGAAUACAUUGUAAAUUACUCUAUCUUUUAAUUUUCAGUA